AUGGCUAGCCAGAGGAAUGCCUCCGUUGUCUCUGCGGGCGGCACUCACCACCAAGUGCACGAAGAGCGCAUGCAAGUAACAUCUGUCUUCACGAAGAGAGGCGAACAUGCCGUGCUAGACCACGAAGCGGACGCCGACGAGGAAGUUCUGGUGGCAUUGGGCUACAAGCAGGAAUUCAAGCGUGACCUUACAUGGAUUGAAUCAUUCUCAGUUUCAUUCUCCGUGCUCGGUCUACUGCCCUCGAUCGCAUCUACGCUCGGCUACAAUUUGGCGUUCUCCGGACAAGCUGGUUCAGUAUGGGGCUGGAUUGUGGCUGGUGUCUUAAUACAAAGCGUGGUGUUUGGCAUGGCAGAGCUCUGCUCCUCAAUGCCUACAGCGGGUGGUCUAUACUACGCAGCCGCAGUCCUAGCACCCGAAGGAUGGGGACCAUUCGCAUCCUGGUGCGUUGGCUGGAGCAAUUUCCUAGGCUUCAGCACUGGGCCAUGUUCAGUCAACUACGCACUCGCCUCUAUGAUCAUUGCAGCCGCUGAAGUCGCAAACGAGAACUACGUCGGCAAGGUCUGGCACGUCUACCUAACCUUCCUCUUAAUUCUGAUCAUUCAAGGACUCCUAACGAUGCAGAGCACAAAGUUUCUGGGGCGGAUGAAUGUUGUCGGGACCGUCGCCAACAUGGUCGUCCUUAUCAUUUUCAUCAUCUGGCUGCCGGCGGCAUCGAUUCAACGACCAAAGUUCAACGACAACCAAACAGUCUGGGUCAACCUCCAAAAUGGGACAGAAUGGCCAAUGGGCUGGUCCUUCAUCAUGGGGUUCCUAAGUGUGAUCUGGACCAUGAGUGGUUACGAUACACCUUUCCACUUGAGCGAAGAGUCUGUACCUCGCUUUUCCAUCAUUCUCGUCAUCGCCUACACUGUCAAGGACGUCGCAGAGGUAGUGGCAGGACCAUAUGGCCAACCCAUGGCAUCGCUUUGCGUACAAGUACUGGGCAAGAACUCCGGCCUCGCGAUGUUCGCAUUGAACAUCAUCGCACAAUUCUUUGUCGGCCAAGGCUGCACGAUCGCGUCUUCCCGCGUCAUAUUCGCUUACUCGCGCGACGGAGCGAUACCUGGAAGCCGCUGGUGGAGCCGUGUCAACCAGAAGACGAAGACCCCUGUAAACUGCAUCUGGUUUGUGCUGACCAUCGCGGCUCUGCUCGGGCUUCUGGCCUUCGCCAGCCCCGUUGCCAUCGGUGCGGUGUUCUCGAUUGGAGCUAUUGGACAGUACAUCGCUUUCGUCACUCCAAUUGGGCUCAAGCUGUUCUUUGCGAGAGACAAAUUCAGGCCUGGCCCGUGGAACCUGGGCAAGUUCUCUAAGCCAGUGGGUGCGGUAGCUGUGUCCUUCUUACUGUUGAUCAUACCGGCAUUGGUAUUCCCUGCUGUCAAGGGUGCGGAUCUGACUGAUCUUACGAUGAACUAUACAUGUCUGAUCUAUGGCGGUCCUAUGAUGUUUGCAAUCAUCUAUUAUGCAGUGUCGGCACGUCACUGGUUCAAGGGCCCACGCGUUAACAUUGAGCACGUCAUCCAUGGGGACGAGCAUGUACUCCAUGGGGACGUGCUGGAGGGAUCCGAGUCUCAUUCGGACCGUGCUGAAGUGUCAGAGAAGAAGAUAUAG